UUUUUUGUUCUAGUAAGUAGGUAGUUUAAUAUAAAUUACAAACGUUUUAUUUUUAUUCAUUCCAUAACAAAGCUUGCCAUUAAUUAAAUUAGUGAUAAAAAUAAUUUAAGCAUGUACUUAAAAUAUUCCAAUUUUAUUUUGUUUGUAAUUUACUUGAAUUUUGGAUUCGUUUGUAGUAAUUCAAAAAUCAAUAUUCAAAAUCAAUCUCUAAAAAUUUCGGAAACAGUUUUAACGAAAAUAAGCAAUCUUUCAAAUACGGAACACUUUAUGAAAACAUUGGACAGCAUAUUGAUACCAAGAGUGCCAGGUUCUGACAAUCACAAAAUAGUAAGAGAUUUUAUUAUUAAAUCUAUGGAAUCUCUACACUGGCAGGUUGAUCGCGAUACGUUUGAAGAUAUUACACCACACGGAAAAAUACGUUUUGAAAAUAUCAUUGCUACGCAAAAUCCAUCUGCAGAGCGUUUUCUAAUUUUAGCAUGCCAUUACGAUUCAAAAUUUUUUCCAGAUGAUGAAUUUGUUGGUGCUACGGACUCAGCUGUGCCGUGUUCUAUGAUGAUUAAUCUUGCUCAAAUAAUGAAUGACUAUUUAAAGCUUCAAAAUAAAACUAAAAAUGGAAAUAAACUAGGACUUAUGUUUAUUUUCUUUGAUGGAGAAGAAGCAUUUGUUGAGUGGGGCCCAAAAGAUUCAAUUUAUGGUGCAAGGCAUUUAGCAACUAAAUGGGAGUCUGAAAAUUUUUUGAAAAAAAUUGACAUGCUUAUGUUAUUGGAUUUGUUAGGUGCUCCUGAUGCAAAAUUUUAUUCUUUUUUCAAAAGUACAGAAAAUGCAUACAUUAAACUGAUUCAGAUUGAAGAAAAACUUACCUAUCAUGGUGCCUUAGAUAAACAUAUUAGUAGUGGCGUAAUAAGCAAAUAUAAAAAUUCAUAUUUCCAAGAAAAAUCGGCUACAUCAUACAUAGAAGAUGAUCAUAUUCCCUUUUUACGUCGUGAAGUCCCAAUAUUACACAUGAUACCGAUUCCAUUUCCAGACACUUGGCAUACGCCUGAAGAUAAUAAGAAAAACAUUGAUUUUGUAACAGUAGAAAAUUUGAACAAAAUAUUAAGAGCUUUUGUUGCAGAAUAUCUGGAGCUUCCAAUCAAUGAUGGGGAAUAAUUUUAUUUAGUGAAAGUAUCUUAGCCAAUUUAUAUUUUAAAAAUGUUUGUGAUAUUUGUUUUUAAAAAUUGUGCAUAUAUGGUUUUAAGGUUUAAUUUUGUUUUAAAUAAAAAUUUUACUUUUUAAAUUUUA